AUGGGACCCCGAAUUCCGAAGCUUUCUGAGCCCCUGGACCGUCCAGCACCCAGUUCUGCAAGGUAUUGGCGGAAGCCGUUGCCCGUGGAGUCCAAGCACGAGCCGGGCCGCCCGGUGGCGGAGAGCCCCGUGACGUUGGCGGACCGCGAGGCGGAGGCGAAGAUGCGGCAAUUGAUCGAACAGAGGGCCAUCGGGCUUUCAGAUGCCGCAUCCGGAGAAUCACCGUACCGCCGCCGUUUGGGAACUCCGUCCGCUCUGCGUCCGCAGCGUGCAGCGAUCGCACGGUUCGAAGCCCCGCCUCUCUGGACGCCCCGCCGCGAAGCCCCAUGGCGAUCCGGCGGCUUCCCCACUCCGCUGGAGUGGCCCUUAAGGUUUUCGAGCAGCGACCUCUUCCUGCCCACGGACCAGUUUCAGCAGCGACACUUGGGCCCGCUUCCCUCGGAUGUGCAAGAGAUGUGCAAGGUGAUUGGUGUGAAGGAUUUGGCUGAGCUUAUGGAGUUGACCAUCCCCGCCUCCGUGCGGCGUGAACAGCCAAUGGAGCUGCCUGAUGGGCGCUUGGGAGAAUCCGGAUCUUUAGCCUUGCUCAAAGAGAUGCUAAGCAAGAAUGUCAUUGCCAAGAACUACAUUGGCAUGGGCUAUCACGGCUCACAUGUGCCAGGGCCCAUUCUCCGAAACCUUUUGGAGAAUCCAGGCUGGUACACGGCUUACACUCCAUAUCAGGCUGAGAUCUCACAAGGUCGCCUUGAAUCUUUGGUGAACUAUCAGACCUUGGUGUGUGAGCUCACCGGGAUGGAAGUGGCCAACGCCUCCCUGCUGGACGAGGGCACCGCCGCGGCUGAGGCCAUGGCCAUGAUUGCGCGGGCGGUGAACAGCAAGGCCAAGAACCAGUUCUUCAUCAGCGACAGCGUCCAUCCACAGUCCAUUGACUGCAUCCGCACCAGGGCAGAGUACUUCGGGAUGGAGCUGGUGAUUGGUGACCACACCACCACCGACUUUGCUUCCAUGGACAAGCUUUGCGGUGCGUUGGUGCAAUAUCCCGACACUCGUGGCCGCUUCUUCUCUUUCGAUGGUAUCGCGGAUGCCUUGCAUAAGAACGGUGCCUACUUCGUGGUGGCGGCCGACCCCUUGAGCCUGGUCGUGGCCAAGCCGCCCAGCGAGUUUGGCGCGGACGUGGUGGUGGGCUCGAUGCAGCGCUUUGGAGUGCCCAUGUGGUUCGGUGGCCCUUCCGCCGCCUAUUUGGCCACCUCCAAGAAGCAGGUCCGUCGCAUGCCGGGCCGCUUGAUCGGCGAGUCCCUGGAUCGCCUGGGCAACCCCGCCUAUCGGCUGACCCUGCAGACCCGCGAGCAGCACAUCCGCCUGGACAAGGCUACCAGUAAUGUUUGCACCGCCCAGGUGUUGUUGGCCAAUAUGGCUGGCAUGUAUGCGGUGUAUCAUCGCAAGGACGGUCUGCAACGGAUCGCACAGCGGGUGCAUGGCUUGGCGCAGCUCUUCGCCUCCGAGGCCGCCAAGGCCGGUGUGGCGGUGACCAGCAGCGAGGCCUUCUUCGACACCGUCACAUUCGAGACCCCCAAGGCCAAGGCGGUCCUUGAGGAGCUUCAGAAGCAGAAGAUGAACUUGCGGCUGUUGGAUGACAAGACCUUGGCUGCUUCCUUCGAUGAGACUCACUUAGAGGCAGACAUUGCCGUGUUGGUGGCCGCCCUGAAAGCCGCCGGCGCUGCCACGGGCGCCGGUGCCGGCGCCGUUGCGGUGGAUGGAAAGCUGCCGACGGCCUUUGCCAGGACGGGGAAAUUCUUGGAGCAGAAGAUCUUCAACAGCAUUUCCUCGGAGACGGAGCUCAUGCGCUACUUGCACACCUUGCAGAAGAAGGAUUUGGCGCUGGAUACCUCGAUGAUCUCCUUGGGCAGUUGCACCAUGAAGCUGAACUCCGUCUCCUCUUUGGCCCCCUGCAGCUGGCCGGAAGUGGCCAACAUGCAUCCCUUCGCUCCGGCCAGCCACACCGCUGGCUACCGGGAGAUGUUGGAAUCCUUGGAGAAGUAUUUGAUCAGCGUGACUGGCUUCGACGCUUGCUCCCUGCAACCCACCAGCGGUGCGAGUGGUGAGUAUGCGGGCUUGCUGGUCAUCAAGAAGUACUUGGAAGCCCAGGGACAAGGACAUCGGGACGUGUGCAUCAUCCCCCGCAGUGCCCAUGGAACCAACCCCGCCAGCGCAGCCAUGUGCGGCAUGGAGAUCAAAUGGAUCGAAGAUUCUAGAGGCAUGGACAUUGCAGAGUUCAAGGCCUUGUGCGCAGAACACAAGGAUCGCCUGGCAUGCCUGAUGGUGACCUAUCCUUCGACUCGAGCAUUCUUCGAGGAUAACAUCCAAGAGAUUUGCGCGACAGUGCACGAGUUCGGUGGACAAGUCUACAUGGAUGGCGCCAACAUGAAUGCGCAGCUGGGCUUGACCUCUCCUGGCAUUAUCGGCGCAGAUGUUUGCCACUUGAACCUCCACAAGACUUUCAGCAUUCCUCACGGUGGAGGAGGACCUGGCCUCGGGCCCAUUUGCGUCAAGAAGCACUUGGCCAAGCAUCUCCCAGGCCACUGUGUCGUGCAGCCCUCCAGCGUUGGCAGCGAGCCCGCUGGCGCCGUCUCCGCGGCACCCUGGGGACAGGCCGGCAUCGCUUGCAUCCCUUGGAUGUUUUGCACCAUGUUGGGAAAGCAGGGCGUCCUGGACAGUGCCAGGUAUUCCAUCCUGAACGCCAACUACAUGAAGUCCCGUUUGGAGCCCCACUUCGACAUUGCACCCACCAACAAGAACAACAAGUGCGCCCAUGAGUUCAUCAUGGACUUCUCCGAGAUCCGCAAGAAGACCGGCAUCGUCGAGGAAGACAUUGCCAAGCGCCUGCAGGACUAUGGUUUCCAUGCUCCGACCAUGUCUUGGCCUGUGCCGCACUCCUUGAUGAUCGAGCCCACCGAGUCUGAAGAUAAGGCCGAGUUGGAUCGCUUCUGCGAUUCCAUGAUCUCCAUCCGCAAGGAGAUUGCUAAGAUCGAAAGCGGUGAGUGGCCCGCGGAGGACAAUCCCUUGAAGAAUGCGCCACACACUCAACAUGAGUGUUGCGCCAGCGAAUGGACUCACCCGUAUAGCCGGGAAGAGGCCGCCUUCCCUGCGCCGUGGCUCUUACAGCGUGGCAAGUUUUGGCCCACCGUGGCAAGGGUCGACAACUCCUUGGGGGAUCGCAAGCUCAAGCUGUAUCCCAGCCAUGGCAUCAUCGGCGAGGAGUUUGGAACUCUUCGGUCAGAGGCAAAGAUGGUAUGGGUCUUAGAUCCCAUUGAUGGCACCAAGUCCUUCAUCACAGGCAAACCCCUCUUUGGCACACUCAUCGCGUUGCUGGAAGACGGGAAUCCAGUCCUGGGUGUCAUCGAUCAGUGUGUGCUCCGAGAGCGCUGGGUGGGUGCAAAUGGCCGCACUGUCUUCAACAAGAAGCCUAUCCAAGCUGCGGAUCGUUCUUGUGCCCGUGAGCUGAAAGAGGCCAUGAUGUACAGCACCACGCCACACAUGUUCGGCGCCGGCUACGAGGCCCAGCGCUUCGACCAACUGCGCCGCGCGGUGAAGCGCCCGCUCUACGGUUGCGACUGCUAUGCUUAUGGCCUUUGUGCCUCUGGAUUUGGUGCCGAUCUUGUGGUCGAAGCAGACUUGGGUAUCUAUGACUACAUGGCAUUGGUGCCGGUGGUGCUUGGUGCCGGUGGAUUGAUGACGGACUGGCAUGGCCGGCCGCUGACCUUGCAGAGCCACGCGGUGUCACGAGGGCGGGUGGUUGCCGCAGGAAACGAAGAGCUUUGGAAGGCGGCGGUCAAGAUCUUGAGCUCGUGUGUGCCAGUGUGGCCGGAGAUCUCAUGGCCAUCCUUGGCGACAGGCGCAGUUCUGGGCGCUUUGGCCGCUGGACUCCUCCUGCGCCGGACCGCGUCCGGUCAGCGGUAG